GCUUCGCCUGUUCCGCUAUGCACGUUGUGCGGUGAUUUCGUUCUGGAAAGUCCGAUAUGCCUUGUUGCUGCGCGUUUGGGUGCCGAAACCGGACGGAAGACGGCAAGAAGUUAUUUUGCAUCCCGCGGGGCAAACAGAACCUAACCAGAAGAAAAGUGUGGUUGCACAGAAUUGGACGGAAAGACUUCGAACCGUCGGCCACUGCACGACUAUGCGAGGACCAUUUCACCGAAGACCAGUUUGAACCGAUUAUUCUCAAGAAUACCGGUGAAAAGAAGCUAAGGCCAUUUGCGACGCCAAGCAUCUUUUUGCAUCGACCAGUAGCAAAGCCAUGCACGCCACCCCCUAAAAGAACAAGAGUGGACAGUACUGAUGACCCCAAAGUCAAGCAAAACACACAGGUCGAUGUCGAACCCCAGCCAGUGGACACCGAGAAUGAUGUUCCUGAUAUGCAACCAGACCCACAGAUUCCUGCCCCAUUCCAGCCAGAAAGUACACAGGCUGGCCUGUUGAUACAAGCAGCUCUGCAGAGGAGGGUGGCACAGCUUGAAACUGAACUUCAGGCGGCGCGACGGAAGCUUCAACUUGCUCAGAGGCAGCGUUUGCAGGCACUAACUGCAAAUAAGCGCUUGUCGCAGGACUAA